AUGGAGACCACAUUAGGCGAGACGUUCGUCGACAUAUUUAUUCCACUGUCGGCGGCUCUAGGCAUAGCGUUCGCUCUGUACCAAUGGGGUGUCGUGAGCCGGGUGAAGCUGACAGCGCCGCUGAGUGUGUACGGAUUGGAAGACGGACAGUCGGAUAACGUGGACCAGCAGAUCGCGGAGAUUCAACAUGCCAUUUCAACGGGCGCGACGUCGUUCCUAACAACGGAGUACAAGUACCUAGCGGUAUUCAUGGCGUUCUUCAGCGUCCUCGUCUUCCUCUUCCUCGGCUCCGUCAACUCCUUCAGCACGUCGUGGCAGCCAUGCACAGGCAACCCCUCGCAGCUCUGCGCGCCCUCGCUCGCCAACGCAUUCUUCACCACGGUUGCAUUCAUUCUAGGAGCGCUCACGUCGACGCUGUCCGGAUACUUGGGAAUGAAGAUCGCCACCUACGCCAACGCGCGCACGACAGUGGAGGCACGGCGCGGAAUCGGCCCAGCGUUCGUCGUAGCCUUCCGCUCAGGCGCAGUAAUGGGUUUCCUACUCGCCGCCAACGGACUCAUCGUGCUGUUCAUCACCAUCGUGCUCUUCCGCCUCUACUACGGCAACGACUGGGCGUCGCUCUUCGAGACCAUCACGGGGUAUGGGCUGGGCGGCUCCAGCGUGGCCCUGUUUGGGCGCGUGGGCGGAGGGAUCUACACCAAGGCGGCGGACGUGGGCGCGGAUCUGGUGGGGAAGGUGGAGAGGGGCAUUCCGGAAGACGACCCAAGGAACCCAGCGGUCAUCGCAGACAAUGUGGGAGACAAUACGCACAACUUCACCGCCAUGUGCUUCCCGCUGCUCGUCUCCGCGCUCGGCAUCCUCGUGUGCCUCUUCACCACGCUCUUCGCCACCGACUGGUUCCACGUCACUGAGGCCCGCCAUGUGGAGCCGCAGCUCAAGGCGCAGCUGCUGAUCAGCACGGUGCUCAUGACGCCGCUCGUGCUGGGGCUGUGCUAUCUGGCGCUGCCGGCGUCGUUUACCAUUGUGGUGGCGGGCGAGGAGGCGGACAAGACGGCGCAGAACUGGCAGAUCUUCUUCUUUCCAGCGAUGAGGGUUACCUUCCCCAUCUUCCCUCCCCUCUCUCCCCCUUCUCCCCCUCCCCCCAUUCCUUAUCCGCUUCCUCGCCCUACCCUUCCCUCCCCCAUCUUCCAUCCUCCACCCCCCUCGCCCCCCCGUCCCAUUCUCCCCCCGAACCCCAACAGCCCGGUACGAGACGUGGCAGACUCGUGCCGCACAGGGGCAGCCACAAACAUCAUCUUCGGACUAGCCCUGGGCUACAAGUCCGUAGUCGUGCCCGUCUUCGCCAUCGCCGUGGCCAUCUAUAUCAGCUAUGCCAUCGCCGCCAUGUACGGGGUGGCUCUGGCCGCCCUCGGCAUGCUCUCCACGCUCGCUACCAGCCUCGCUAUUGACGCGUACGGGCCGAUCUCGGACAAUGCCGGGGGGAUUGCAGAGAUGGCGGGGCUUGGAGCGGAUGUGAGGGAGCGGACAGAUGCGCUGGACUCGGCUGGGAAUACGACUGCUGCCAUUGGCAAGGGCUUUGCCAUCGGGUCAGCAGCGUUGGUGUCGCUGGCUCUGUUUGGAGCGUAUGUGAGCCGCGCACAGGUCACCAACAUCCUCAUCACCAACCCGCAGACCUUCGUGGGCCUGCUGGUGGGCGCCAUGCUGCCGUACUGGUUCAGUGCCAUGACCAUGAAGAGCGUCGGCAAGGCCGCUCUAGCCAUGGUGAACGAGGUGCGGCGGCAGUUUGACACCAUCCCGGGCCUCAUGGAGGGCACCGCCCGCCCCGACUACCACAAGUGCGUGCAGAUUUCCACCAAGGCGUCGCUCAAUGAGAUGCUGCCACCUGGCGCGCUCGUGCUGCUCGCACCGAUCAUCACAGGGGUUCUCUUCGGGACGGCAACGCUGGCAGGGCUGCUAGCAGGAGCGCUGGUGUCUGGGGUGCAGAUGGCGGUAUCGGCGAGUAACACGGGCGGCGCGUGGGACAACGCGAAGAAGUAUAUCGAAGCAGGGAUGUCGGAGCACGCGCAGUCGCUGGGGCCGAAGGGGUCAGAGGCGCACAAGGCAGCGGUGAUUGGGGAUACUGUGGGUGAUCCGCUCAAGGAUACAUCUGGGCCGUCGCUGAACAUUCUCAUCAAGCUGAUGGCUGUUGAGUCGCUGGUGCUGGCGCCUUUCUUUGUGGCGCACGGCGGGCUGAUUUGGGGCAAGUCCAAGUGA